UCAUCACAAAAGUUGUUAAUUAUUAGAUGAUCAAUCAUCAAGCUGUUGUGAUAAAAUAUAAACCCAUUCAUUAAGAAUAAGUUUCGUACAUGUAGCGAAUUUUAAAUAUAAUGGAGUGGUAAUAAAAUUCUUAGAAAUCUGAUUGUCGCUCAAUAUAUAACACAUGUCGCGUUCUGGUAUGGCGGUGUAGUUUGUAGUAUCAUCUAUACGUCUUUCGAAUUCUCACAGAAUAGAUAACCUUUUGAACAUUUUCGUUAUUGUAAAUGAAUAAAUUCACUCAAGAUAUCAAUUAAUUUUGUGAUUAUAAAUUUAUCCAAGAAUGUUUUCGUACCCUGAAGCACGAAGAGACGAGUCUUGUGUCGAUGUUUAUCAUGGAGUAGAGAUCAAAGAUCCCUACAGAUGGUUAGAAGAUCCAGAAUCAGAAGAAGUGAAAGCAUUCGUUAAUGCUCAAAAUGAAAUUACAAGACCAUUUUUAGAUUCAUGUUCUGUUUCUCAAGAUAUUCAUGAUCGUCUUAAACAAUUAUGGGAUUAUCCCAAGUAUUCUUGUCCUGAAAGACAUGGAGAUAAAUAUUAUUUUUAUAAAAACACCGGUUUACAAAAUCAAAGUGUUUUAUACGUUCAAGAUACACCACAUUCCGAAGCAACAGUCUUUUUAGAUCCCAACACCCUUUCAGAAGAUGGAUCAGUAGCAAUAUCAAAUACCCAAUUUAGUGAGGAUGGAUUAAUUUUUGCCUACGGAUUGUCUAGUAGUGGCUCCGAUUGGAGUACUAUUCACUUUAUUGAUGUCAAAACUGGUACUGAAUACCCUGAAGUAUUAGAGAAAAUAAAAUAUUCAACAAUUACAUGGACACACGAUAAUAAGGGAAUAUUUUAUGGAACGUAUCUUGAACAGAAAGGAGUAACUGAUGGUUCUGAAACUCUAGGAGCCAGAGAUCAAAAAUUAUGUUAUCAUCGAGUGGGUACUACUCAAGCUGAAGAUGUUCUUGUUGUUGAAUUUCCGGAAGAACCUUUAUGGAGAAUAGGAGCAGAAGUUACAGAUUGUGGAAAGUAUUUACUAGUAACACCUAUGAAAGAUUGUCGUGACAAUUUAAUUUACUUCACUAAAUUGGAAUCAAGUGAAAAGAUUACUGGAAAGUUGUCUCUCACUAAAGUUGUUGAGAAAUUCGAAGCUGAUUAUGAUUACAUUACUAACGUUGGUUCUAAAAUGCUAUUCAUGACGAAUAGAAAAGCACCAAAUUAUCGAUUGGUAUGGAUAAAUUUUGAUGAUUAUGCUGAAAGUAAUUGGACGAAUUUGAUAGAUGAAGAUUCUAAAAGAGUACUGGAUUGGGCAGUUGCUGUUCACACUGAUAAAUUAGUCGUUUGCUACAUUGAGGAUGUUAAGCACAUUUUACAAUUACAUUGUUUGAACACUGGAAAAUUAAUAAGAACAUUUCCUCUUGAUUUGGGCACAAUUGUUGGAUUCAGUGGAGAUAUCGAUUAUUCUGAAAUAUUUUAUCAGUUUACUUCAUUUUUAACUCCAGGAAUCAUUUAUACACUGGAUUUAGCUAAAAAUGAAGAACCUCAAGUAUUACGAGAAAUAAAAGUAGAUAAUUUUGAUCCAUCAGCAUACAAAAUGACCCAAGUAUUUUAUUCAAGUAAAGAUGGGACUAGGAUUCCUAUGUUCAUAGUAAUGGGAGCGGAUGCGGUGUUGGAUGGAUCUAUGCCAGCACUUCUUUACGGUUAUGGAGGUUUUAAUGUUAGCCUUCAACCAACAUUCGGAGUAAGCCGGUUGGUAUUCAUUCAGAACCUUCGAGGAGUAUUUGCUCUUGCAAAUCUACGUGGAGGAGGUGAAUAUGGUGAGAAGUGGCAUAAUAAUGGACGUUUAUUUAAAAAACAAAAUGUAUUUGAUGAUUUCCAUUGCGCUGCUGAGUAUCUAAUAGAACACGGAUAUACAACUGCUAAGAAAUUAACUAUCCAUGGAGGCAGUAAUGGGGGUCUUUUAGUUGCUGCUUGCAUAAAUCAACGACCAGAAUUAUAUGGUGCUGCAAUCGCAGAAGUUGGAGUAAUGGAUAUGUUGAAAUUCCAUAAAUUCACAAUUGGAUAUGCAUGGAUUUCUGACUAUGGAAGCUCUGAUGAUAAAGAGCAUUUCAAAUAUCUUCUCAAAUAUUCACCUCUACAUAAUGUUAAAAUUCCUGAAAAUAAUAUCCAAUACCCAGCCACACUUUUAUUAACUGCCGAUCACGAUGAUCGUGUUGUUCCAUUGCAUACUUUAAAAUUAAUUGCUACUCUUCAAUAUACAUUGGGAAAAUUACCACAACAGACAAAUCCAUUAAUGGCAAGAAUAGAAACUAAAGCAGGCCAUGGACGUGGUAAACCUACUACCAAAAUUAUUGAAGAGAAAAGAGAUAUUCUAGCAUUUAUGGUGAAGACGUUGAAUCUGAAGUUCUACAAGUGAAGAUGAAGACCAAAAUUGAUUCAAUUUUUCAUCAUUUCAAAUUGUGUGUCGUAAUGUAAGCAUUGAGCUUUGAGUAAUCUUACACAAGUCCUAGGCUUCUGCAACCUCCUAUUCAUCUAUUACUAAAAUGUUAAGAUAACUAAAAAAAAGGAUAAUCAAUUGAUAUGCAUCCGUAAGAUGUUAAAGUCAAAGUUCAUGAAAAAUUAAUCAUGUUAAAAAAUUUUCUAAAUAAA